GUAGCUAUGAUUGAUUUGAUCAAGUUGAUGAAUUUUUGACAGGAGCAAACAGUGUUGAGAAGACUAGCACAAAGAGUUUGGAGCUUUUGAAAACGAGCUGUGUUAAGUUGCGUAGGAGUUCUGUUGAAAAGUUCUUGGACUCUGAGAACGACAAGUCAGAUUAUGAGUGGUUACUUGCGGCUCCUGAGAUCACACUACUAGGAGGAAAAGAGAACUCAAUGGUUAAACUCAAGGAGCCUAAAGCUAAGUCCACUGCUUUAAAACAACGGGUGAGAACUAGUCCCCUUCUUAGCCAUCUUUUGUCUUUACUAAAGACUCUUUAGGGAACAUAUAAGAUUGAUAUGUGUCAUGUUAUUUAAGGUUUUUGCCAGUCUAUCCUAGACUUCCUAGUCUUAAGUACUAUGUUCACAUCAUUGUGGUAUUGUGGUCCAUUUUUACAACUACUAGUAGCUAGUUUCAGCAUUCCUCAGGUUUAGAUUUAUGCGUACCUUUAAUGAUUGCUUGGUGCUGGUUCAUGUUAUGCUUUUGUUUUAAGGUUGAAAACAUCCCGCAGGAACCAUUGACACGGAGCGUUAAGGUUUCCAAGCCAACCCCAAGAACUGUUUCUAGCAAGCAAGCCAACACAGCUGCAGAAGUAAAACCAAGCAUUAAACCGUCAAGACAAGCCACACCAACUUCACGUGCUACAUUACCCUCCACAAGACUAACCAACUCUGCUCAGAAAUCAAAUUCAGAAAGUAUAACCACUUCAAUCAAAUCCAAUACACGAGCAUCUGCUUUUCCUCGUUCAUCCUCGGUUGGAAAAUCAGUUUCUAGUGCUAAAUGUACAACUCCAAAAAUCCCUGAAACACGUGCUAGACCUGUCUCAACCUCAAGAAGCAGAGUCUACAGUUCAGGUGACAGAUCAACGGGACGAUCGAAGAUUAGUAAUGAUGUGAAUCCUGUGUUGAUGGGGACUCAAAUGGUGGAAAGAGUUGUGAACAUGAGGAAACUUCCACCUCCAAAACAUGACGAUAACACGACCUUGGGCUUCGGGAGAACUCUUUCUAGGUCGUCUCUAGACAUGGCUUUGAGGCACAUGAACAUAAGGCAUAGCGUUUCGAAGAACCUGAGGGUAACAGUCAGUGCUUCGACAAACUCGAUGGACAAAAACGAGUCAUCGUGAUACCAAAGUAUUCUCAGCUUUGGUGGCACACUCUAUGGAAAUUACCACCUACGUGACCUGCCCAUUAUUAUCAGAUAUAGACGCUACAUAGUACUUAUUUCGAACUUAUUCAUUAGAGAUCUGUAUCCUAGUAACCAGUUGGUGGUUAAUAGUUAUAAACUUAUAUGUAUGUGUACCUUUUAUAAGACAUCGGCAAAUACAGGUUGAACCUAGCCGAGUCUUAGAGAAAGAUAUAUAUUCUUC